GAUCUUGAUGAAGAUGGAAUUAACAAGGGAAGCAAAGGGAGAAAAGAGUGUUUCUGCUUCAGAAAGGAUGAAUCCGAGGCCCUGUCUGAUAAUAAUGUUGAGCAAUAUGAUCUUGUCCCAUUAGAUUCCCAUGUGACUUUUGAUUUGGAUGAGCUUCUCAAGGCUUCAGCUUUUGUUUUGGGUAAGAGUGGAAUAGGGAUUAUGUACAAAGUGGUGCUUGAAGAUGGGCUUGCUUUGGCUGUGAGGAGAUUGGGGGAGGGAGGUUCUCAAAGGUUUAAAGAGUUCCAAACCGAGGUAGAAGCAAUAGGGAAGUUAAGACAUCCAAAUAUUGCAACUCUGAGAGCCUAUUACUGGUCUGUUGAUGAGAAGCUUCUCAUAUAUGAUUAUAUAUCCAACGGAAGCCUUGAUACAGCAAUUCAUGGGAAGGCUGGACUUCUGACAUUUGCACCACUUUCUUGGUCCUAACGAUUGAAGAUCAUGAAAGGAACCGCAAGAGGAUUGGUCUAUCUGCAUGAAUUUAGCCCCAAAAAAUAUGUACACGGAGACCUGAAGCCAAGUAACAUACUUCUUGGACACGACAUGGAACCCCACAUUUCUGACUUUGGAGUUGGGCGCCUUGCAAACAUUGCUGGAGGGUCGCCAACCUUGCAAUCCAACCGAGUGGCUGCAGAGAAACAACAUGGAAGACAAAAGAGCAUCUCCACUGAAGUCAGUACCGGUGUGAUGGGAAACGGUUAUAUGGCUCCAGAAGCACUGAAAGUUGUGAAGCCAUCACAGAAAUGGGAUGUUUACUCAUAUGGAGUGAUAUUGUUGGAAAUGAUCACAGGAAAACCAUCGAUUGUCCAGUUGGGGAACUCAGAAAUGGACCUUGUUCAGUGGAUUCAGUUCUGCAUUGAGGAAAAGAAGCCACUCGUGGAGGUGUUAGACCCUUACUUGGCAGAAGAUGCAGAUAAGGAGGAGGAGAUUAUUGGAGUUUUGAAGAUUGCAAUGGCUUGUGUCCAUAGCAGCCCUGAAAAGAGACCUACGAUGAGGCACGUGCUUGAUGUUUUGGAUAGAUUGACUAUUUCCUCUGAUUGAGAAAUUUCAGGCAGCUGUGCACUGUGAAUGCAGCACAUUUGUGAAUCUUUUACCUUUACUCUCUUGUGUUGGUCAUGUUUAACAAUGUCUUCAACCUGAUGAAUCCUUGUAAUUGGAGUACUAGAAGAGAAAUUUAAUUUGUUUCAGCAAAAA